GUGCCACAACUAGACUUUACCUGAUGAAUAAUCAAAUUUUUCCUUGUUUGAACCGCUGUAUUUAUCGUUUUAGCCCUACUACUUAACACCCCCUCUGCCAGGGGUACAACCCAAGCAUCCUCCGUUUCUAUUAAUAAGACCUCCACAACAUGACAAUGAUAG